AAGGAGCCUGGCACAUGUUUCACCUUUAUUAAAGGUUGGCGCCGUUGUCAUAUUUUUGGAAACACACUUGGCACGAAAGCAGAAGGGAGCUGAGUGGGAGUGGCAGGUCCAGGGGUGCAGGGCCGGGCUCCCCCUCCCUUCCUUCAUGCACAUUUCACUGGAGGGUGGCUGGCGGCUUUUCUGUGUUCGACAGGUAACGUUAAACCAAGGUUGGUGCCUGCUAUUUCUCACCGACGCAGCCAUGGCUUCCCCAGUGAAGAAGAAUACACGGCUGCCCGUCCCAGCCUUCCCUGGAAAUUUCCUCUGGGCGUGGCUGGCCACCCAGCCCGCAGCUCCCCGCCCCAGCCUUCUGGACACCUCCUCGCGCAUCGGCAGCCGCAGCCCCUCCAUACACAUCCUGGCUCCUCUUGUGACCAGGGGGAUUAUAUGGAGCAGUAUCAGUGCCUCAGAGGGUGGCGGCUCCAAGGCCGAGGAGGACCCCUUCCACUAUGACUAUGAGACCGUCCGAAAUGGAGGCCUGAUCUUUGCUGGCCUGGCCUUCGUCGUGGGGCUCAUCAUCCUCCUCAGCAAACGAUUCCGCUGCGGAGGCAGUAAGACACGUCGGCAAAUCAGUGAAAAUGAGCUGUAGCAGUAGAGUCGGCUGUGCCCACCGGUGCCCGGGGCUGGUUGGGAAGCCAAGGAGGCCCUGUCUCCCGCAGGCUGUGCACCUCUGUCCCCGACGCUGCCACUACUUGCGCUGAAGGCAGCGCCAGGCGCUGUGUGACCCCCGGAUGGAGCCGCCCGCGGCUCCUCCCCCCAAGGCUCCUCGCUCCGCGGCUCCUCCCCCCGCGGCUCCUCCCCUCCCACCCGCCUCUCUUCCUCCACCUGUGUCUGCGCCCCUCUGAGUACAGAUGCAGCCCGGUCUCACUGUUUUCCAGUUCAUUGCUCCGGCACCUGUCUGCCUGUAAAUGCAGACUCACUGCUGCUGUCCGCACGCUUCUCCCCACGGGCCCGGAACGGAGAGAUCUCGGCUGCGGAGGCCUUGACCUGGCUUCUAAAUGCCGGGCAAAGCUCAAAAGUCCACUCCCCCUGGCUGACUCCAAGUCAAGCCCACUGGUUGUGCUGUGGCCUCUGGCCCAGGCCCUCUUGCUGCCCUGGGAAGCUGGGAGCUCCCACAGGGGCUGACCAAGUUGUGUCCACCUGUGACCACGUCCAUGCGCUUGGCUGUCCCUGCGGGUGCACAGCAAGGCCAGGGUGGGUGGCUCUGUGGGGCCUGGGGUUGAACCUCAGCAACGAGCUCCCUAUUUUACCCCAAACCUACCAACAUGCGGGUUAAGAUCAGA